CGCAGCAAAAAAUACUGAGACUGGUGAGCAAGUGGCAAUCAAAAAAGUUACAAAAGUCUUUGAGAAAAACAUUCUAGCUAAACGCGCUUUACGGGAGGUGAAACUUUUGAAACAUUUCAGUGGCCAUGAGAAUGUUAAUUCACCCGAUCACAAUGCUGGAUUUAUGACGGAAUAUGUUGCGACACGGUGGUAUAGAGCUCCUGAAAUAAUGUUGAGUUUUCAGAAUUAUACUAAAGCCAGGCGUGAUUAUGUUGACCAAUUAAAUCAAAUUCUGGGAAUCUUGGGUACUCCAGAUGAAGAAACUUUAAGAAGAGCAAAUAUUUUAGGUGAAUAUGAACUUACAAAUAGCCUUUAUUUAUUGUUAUCUAUAAAUGAUAAUAAUAAUGAAUUACAAUAUUUAUGUUACUCUUUAGCGCUUGAUCUAUUAGAAAAACUUCUCAAAUUCGAUCCUGCCGCAAGGAUCACUGUUGAGCAAGCCUUAGCCCAUCCUUAUUUAGCUGCAUAUCAUGACGAAGAAGAUGAGGAGGUGAUGUCUUUCAAAGCAUCCAAGCAAGCAUCGUUAGGAUUGAAUUGUGCACAAUUAGGACCUCAGCAGCGUCAACAAACUAAUCGCAAUUCUUUCUACGAAUAUGGCGCAGCUAGUCAACAUGCAGCUAUACCUUCAGCGAGUAUGGAAGUGGAUGAAUUAGAAAAAGAGUUAG